GCUGCAGCCGGAGGGGAGGGAGAGGCAGCAGGAGGGAGGUGGCAGGGCCAAACGCUGCCGCCCGACUUGCCGCUGAAGUCUCUAUCUCCUGGCUGCCAUCGCCCCCACCCCAGUCAGCCCCCGUUGUCCACCCGGCGAACAAAAGCGGCACUCUGACCACCAUGAGGCCGCUCGGCGUGCCUCCCGGGCCCUGCUGGUGAACGCCGUCAACCCGCGCGGGGUCCUGUGGGUCCCUCUCGCCAGGCAUCUCGCUGUACUCCCCGCUCCGCCCCAGCUCAGUCCGCCCGGGGGCGCCGCCCGCUGCAACUCGCUCGGGACGCUGCCACCGCCUCCGCCUAGAUCCCGAUCCUCCGCCGCCGGCGAUGGAGGUGGCGCCUGAGCAGCCGCGCUGGAUGGCGCACCCCGCCGUGCUGAAUGCGCAGCACCCCGACUCGCACCACCCGGGCCUGGCGCACAACUACAUGGAGCCCGCGCAGCUGCUGCCUCCCGACGAGGUGGACGUCUUCUUCAACCACCUGGACUCGCAGGGCAACCCCUACUACGCCAACCCGGCCCACGCGCGGGCGCGUGUCUCCUACAGCCCCGCUCACGCCCGCCUGACCGGAGGCCAGAUGUGCCGCCCACACUUGUUGCACAGCCCAGGGCUGCCCUGGCUGGAUGGGGGUAAAGCAGCCCUCUCGGCUGCUGCAGCACACCAUCACAACCCCUGGACCGUCAACCCCUUCUCCAAGACGCCACUGCACCCUUCAGCUGCUGGAGGCCCUGGAGGCCCCCUCUCCGUGUACCCAGGGGCAGGGGGUGGGGGCGGGGGAGGCAGUGGCAGCUCUGUGGCCUCCCUCACCCCCACCGCAGCCCACUCUGGCUCCCACCUCUUCGGCUUCCCACCUACACCACCCAAGGAAGUAUCUCCUGACCCCAGCACCACCGGGGCUGCCUCCCCAGCCUCGUCCUCUGCAGGGGGUAGUGCAGCCCGGGGGGAGGACAAGGACGGCGUCAAGUACCAGGUGUCACUGACUGAGAGCAUGAAGAUGGAAAGCGGCAGUCCCUUGCGCCCAGGUCUGGCUGCCAUGGGCACCCAGCCUGCCACGCACCACCCUAUCCCGACCUACCCCUCCUAUGUGCCAGCUGCCGCCCAUGACUACAGCAGCGGGCUCUUCCACCCCGGAGGCUUCCUGGGUGGCCCUGCCUCCAGCUUCACCCCUAAGCAGCGGAGCAAGGCGCGCUCCUGCUCAGAAGGCCGGGAGUGUGUCAACUGUGGGGCCACAGCCACCCCUCUCUGGCGCCGAGACGGGACCGGCCACUACCUGUGCAACGCCUGCGGGCUGUACCACAAGAUGAACGGGCAGAACCGGCCACUCAUCAAGCCCAAGCGGAGACUGUCGGCCGCCAGGAGAGCAGGCACCUGUUGUGCAAAUUGUCAGACGACAACCACCACCUUAUGGCGCCGAAACGCCAACGGGGACCCUGUCUGCAACGCCUGUGGCCUCUACUACAAGCUGCACAAUGUGAACAGGCCACUGACCAUGAAGAAGGAAGGCAUCCAGACUCGGAACCGGAAGAUGUCCAACAAGUCCAAGAAGAACAAGAAGGGUGCUGAGUGCUUCGAGGAGCUGUCCAAGUGCAUGCAGGAAAAGGCCUCCCCCUUCAGCGCGGCUGCCCUGGCCGGACACAUGGCACCCGUGGGGCACCUGCCGCCCUUCAGCCACUCGGGACACAUCUUGCCCACGCCGACGCCCAUCCACCCCUCCUCCAGCCUCUCCUUUGGUCACCCCCACCCGUCCAGCAUGGUGACCGCCAUGGGCUAGGGACUGCCCACACCAACCGACAGUCAGAUGCCGCCGAGGAAGGCGCCCCCAGGAUAGGAGGACCAGACCCUUAGCUGCCCGUCCUUCCCUGGAGACUGACGCACCCCUGCCAGUGCAGCCGGAGCCCCACGCUGCCUCACCUGUGGGCGCUCCACUCCAUUGGCCGUCACUGUGAAGAUUCACCGGAGGCUGGGAGGCCGCUUCAGCCUGGCUGCCACCAGGUGGGGUUUCCUGCAUGGACACCUGUUUGGAGAGCAGAAAGGACAACUUUAUGAAGAUGAAAGGAGGGGGCAAGGGACAAAAGGAGGAAACCAUUUUUAGAAGAAGGAGUAGGCAAACGUAAUUUAUUUUGCUCUUGUUUCUAACAAGGCCUGGGAGACUCAGGAGGCAUGGGCUGCCCUGAGCUCUCUGGUCUUCCUCAGAGCCAAGGGCCACUUGGCUGGCCCGCCUGCCAGGCUCUGGGGGCAGGUCUCCAGAGCCCUCAACCCACAUGCUUUCCUCUGGCUCCCUCUCUGAAGCAGCUGGACCCAGGUUGGGCUGAGCCAAGCCAGAGGGGCCCCAGCCGGGGAGGCUGAGCCAGUGCAGGCCCUGGCGGCCGGGCCCUGGAGGCCAGAGACAAUCACGGGCGGUCCUGCGCAGAUUCCCAGGCCAGGGCUGGGUCACAGGAAGGAAACAUUUUCUUGAGAGGGGAAACGUCUCCCAGAUCGCUCCUCUGGCUCUGAGGCUGAAGCUGGUGUGACCCACGUCCCCUUAACGGGCCUGAGCCAUAGCCUGCCUCCUCUGCCAGUGGACCCCUGUACAUACAUCUUUUUUUCUGCUAACUUCUCAACCCCCUCCUCUCCAACUCCGAGACAAAAGAAAAAAUAUAUUAAAAAAAAAAAAAACUGCAUAAGCUUAACUCGCUGAUGAGUUGUUUUAUUUUUAAACUUCUUGGGUCCAGUCAAUUGUACGUUGCCACAAAAGCCCUCGCUAUGGGAAGGAAUAAAACCUACAAACCAAGGCUGUAGCUUCUCAAUUAUUUUUGGAAAAGUUCUUGGAUCCCACAGCCCUAGGAUGGGGAGCAGGAGUGGGGUGGGACCUUGGCUGCUCUUGGCUUCCAGGGACUUAUCUGGCAGGUGGCGAAGGAAGGCAGGAGCAGGGGUUGGGACAGAGCUGGGACGGAAGGAGAGGCCAUGACCCUGCUGGGGUCUUGGGAGAUGCCUCGGUUCUGCUCUGCUCUGCUGUGGCUGUCUGGAUCCUCCCCAAGGUACAGCUGUACAUAACUGUGUCUGAGCUUAGAUUCUGUAUGCGGCGGUGGCAGGGUGCGGCAGCUGGCGAGGCCCGGCUGGGAAGAGGAUUGUGCUGUAGUCCAAGUGCAAUACGGGCAGGCGAUCGCUGCGGGGGCACCACAGCCAGAAGUAACUUAUUUUGUACUAGUAUCCGCAUAAGAAAAAGAAUCGGCAGUAUUUUCUGGUUUUAUGUUUCAUUUGGCUUGUUUUAUUUUGGAUUAGUGAACUAAGUUAUUGUUAAUUAUGUACAACAUUUAUAUAUUGUCUGUAAAAAUUGUAUGCUAUCUUCCUAUUCCUUUAAAGUGAAUACUGUUAAGAAUAAUAAAAUACUUUUUGUGAAUGCC